AUGUUACACGGGGUUGGGUGCUGAUACUUCUCUAAGCUCGGUCCGGGUUAGGGCGAGUGAGAUGGGAUGAAGAGCUCCGUGAGGUUGUCUGGCGAUUCGUAGUGGAAAAGAGUUAUGGAUGUAACCGGGUUUGACAACGCUAAUCUAUUGGAUAGACUAACAUGUAACUAUCUUGUGAAGUAACAAUACUAGUAAGAAAGUACAAUUUGAGUUGACUACAACGAGAGUAAUAAUGAAAUCCAUCCAUCCUUAUAUCCUCAUUGCUUCCAGUCCUGCCAUCUUGCCCAUCUCUCCUUGGCGAGAUGGUAGAGAUGGCACUGCCAUCUCUCGGCGUCCUGCCAUCUCAGAUGGCUGGCCUUGGCGAGAUGGCACAUCACGUGACUCCGAGCCCCGCGAUGAUCCAUUACCUUUUGACGUGGACGUCCCUAGGCUUUCAGCCGUCUCGUCAUUUGUCAAGGAGAGAAUCCUUCUUGUUACUUGUAACAUCUUACUAGUAUCCUUACUUAACAAGAUUGUCACAAGUUAGUCUAUCAAAUAGAUUAGUCUUGUCAAACCCUCCUUAAGCA